UCAGCGGUUCAAAACACCUGCUGGGAGGCCUCACAGCAAGCCAGACUCAAGAGUUCAUGGGGUCAUCAUCCAACCAACCCAAGGGAAUGCACCCCUAAAUUACAAACAGAUGGGAGGGUGGCCACCUGCCCACUCUUCGCAUCAUGGACGACGCUGCCGUUCUAAAGAAGAAAGGUUAUAUUCUGGGAGGCCGUUUGGGCGAGAGUUCCUUCGCCAAAGUGAAGUCCGCCUACUCGGAGCGCCUCAAGUUCAACGUGGCGGUGAAGAUUACCGACCGGCAGAAAGUCCCGAUAGAAUUCUUGGAAAAAUUUCUGCCCCGGGAACUGGAGAUCUUGUCGAUGGUGAACCAUUGCUCCAUCAUCAAAAUCUACGAGAUCUUUGAGACCUCCGGGAAAGUCUACAUCGUGAUGGAGCUGUGCGUCCAGGGGGACUUGCUGGAGUUCAUCAAGGGCAACCGCGGACUGCCGGAAGAAGUGGCCCGCAGGAUGUUCCGCCAGCUGUGCUGCGCCAUCAAGUACUGCCACGAUUUAGACGUGGUGCACCGAGAUUUGAAAUGUGACAACGUGCUUCUGGACAAAGACAUGAAUGUCAAGUUGUCCGAUUUUGGUUUCUCCAGGCGGUGCUUCCGGGACGGGAAUGGCAAAAUCCUCCCUAGCCAGACUUUCUGUGGUUCUGCCGCUUACGCCGCUCCGGAGGUGAUCCAAGGCAUCCCGUACCACCCCAAAGUUUACGACAUGUGGAGCUUAGGGGUCAUUCUCUAUGUCAUGGUCUCCGGCUUCAUGCCGUACGACGACUCCAACGUCAAGCGAAUGCUGCGGCUGCAGAAGGACCACCAGAUCCUCUUCCCCGAAUCCCUCAGCAUGGAGUGCAAGGAUCUGAUCUUCCACAUGCUGCACCCUGAUGUCUCUCACCGGCUGCGGAUCGAAGAAGUGUUGAACCACCCGUGGCUGCAGGGGAAGCACCUGAUGGCGCACAGAUUUUGAGCAUAACUAGAUCAUAAAGAUUAAAUACAAAACAUACCGGGGGGGUAGUUAUUUGCAGAGUCCAGUAUAUGUGAUUUUUCUUUGAGCUAAACAAUCAUUUUUCUCCUUACAGGAUCCAUGUUUAAUGAUUUCCAUAUAAUUCCAUAUCAGGACAGAUUAGCAUGUAAAACAGGGGUGAGUCACUUGUCCCUGUCCAGAUGUUGUCAAACUGCAACCUCCAACCACCCUUAGCAGCAGCACCCACAGUGAAGGUUGUAAACAUCUGGAAGGCCUCACAUUGCCAGCCACAAUUGAAAACAA